CAGUAACAAUCUAACAGAUCAUGGAGAUGGACGCAAGGAUCAAUGACUUGCACGAGAUGGCAGCAAUCGGCAACCUGAAGGCAGUAUUACAUUACUGUCAAAGCGGAGUCGAUGUCAACGGUCAGAACACCAUGAACGGAUGGACAGCAUUGCAUUGGGCAACACAUCGUGGGCACGAACCAAUUGUUCGUGCAUUGCUGCUACGAGGAGCACGCAAGGAUGUGAAGAACAAGAAGGGAGAGACACCUGUUGAUCUGGCGAAAAAACCAGAGAUCUGUGAGCUUUACGGCAAAGAAGUCGUGGAAGAAGAAACUGAGGGGAAAAAUGAUGAUGGGACCAAGAACUUUACAUUUGUCCCAUCAUAUCUUACAAAUUUGGAUCUUUCAAAACUCUGGUCUCUCCCUGAUGGAUCGACAGACAAUCCUAAAUUGAAUCAGGAGGCAUUUGCUCUCUCAAACCCCAAACUUGCAUUGGAAGCGUUGCCUAUAACAGCAAAUGAAAUUUCUACAAAUACGUCGACUAUGGCAAAUAUUAAUGCUGUCACUGAUGCUACAGCAGCUGCAUAUGCAGCAGCUUAUGCUAGUACUAGCGUAGAUGGUGCGUCAAGCGAUGCCCUUGUAGCAAAAGAGAUUCUAGUCUACAGUCGAUCUGUUACAGAUGAUCAUCUACUUGGUGCCAUUUUCGCCAAUGUGGAUGAUACUAUUGAGAAAACAGUUCAAUUGAUCCACGAGGAGAUUGAUGAUGUACCUACAGAAUUUAAUAUAGCACGCUAUAAUGGAUCCAAGAUGAUCCCUGUGAACAUGAAGCAAUAUGCACGUAAGACUGGAGACAUGUUCCGAGGACAGGAUGAUGUUAUUGUGUUAAUUCCAAAGUAAUUGUAAUAAAGAAAAAGUAAACUGCCA